GGCGUGCGUGUGAACAUAUGUGAAUGUGCGUGCGCUCGGUGCCGCGCCUCACCUAUGCGCGCGGCAGUUUGCGCCAGGGCUCGAGCCGGAGCGGUAGCAUCCGGGCCGAAGUGCACACCGAUGUCCCGGGUUAAACCCACUGUUUAGUUCAGUGUUCGGGUUGAGAUGACGGCACCGGGGCCGAGCUGAGCCGAGCCGAGCCGAGCCGAGCCGAGCCGGAGCCCCGUCUUCUGCGCACUCCUCUCACGCAGCUCCGCCGACACCGAUAAAUCCGCUUUUCUCUCAUUUUUCAUCCGUUUGUGCGGAAGGAGCCAUGACGACGGGUCAGGACGAGAGCACGGUCCGCGUGGCGCUCAGGAUCCGACCUCAGCUGGCCCGGGAGAAGAUCGAAGGAUGUCACAUCUGUACGUAUGUGAUGCCCGGGGAGCCCCAGGUGAUUCUGGGAAAAGACAAGGCCUUCACCUACGAUUACCUGUUCGACAUGGACUCCGAGCAGGACUCCAUCUACACCACCUGCACCGAGAAGCUCAUCGACGGCUGCUUUGAGGGCUACAACGCCACCAUCUUCGCCUAUGGGCAGACGGGUUCAGGGAAGACGUACACGAUGGGAACCGGCUUCGACGUCAACAUCCCAGAUGAGGAGCUCGGCAUCAUUCCCCGUGCUGUCCAUCAUCUUUUCCAAGGCAUUGAGGAGCGGCGGCGGGCGGCUCAGGAGCAGGGACGACCCGUUCCCGAGUUUAAGAUCAACGCCCAGUUCCUGGAGCUUUAUAAUGAGGAGGUUUUGGAUCUGUUCGACUCAACGAGAGACAUGAAGCAGAAGUCUCACAUUAAGAUCCACGAGGACGCUAGCGGAGGAAUCUACACUGUGGGCGUGACCACGAGGACGGUGUCCUCUGAGGCUGAGAUGAUGCAGUGUCUUAAACUGGGAGCGUUGUCUCGGACCACGGCGAGCACUCAGAUGAACGUCCAGAGCUCUCGGUCCCACGCCAUCUUCACCAUCCACUUGUGCCAAGUCCGAGUCUGUGCCAAAGACAAUCAGGAAAAUGAGACUGACAACAGCGUCUCCAACGGGAACUCGGACAUGGACGAGUACGAGACGCUGACCGCCAAAUUUCACUUUGUGGACCUGGCCGGAUCCGAGAGGCUGAAACGGACCGGGGCAACAGGGGAUCGAGCCAAAGAGGGAAUUUCCAUCAACUGUGGACUGCUGGCUCUGGGGAAUGUGAUCAGUGCUCUGGGAGACCGGAGUAAGAGGGCUUCCCAUGUGCCUUAUCGAGACUCCAAACUCACCCGACUGCUGCAGGACUCUUUAGGAGGAAACAGCCAAACAGUGAUGAUCGCAUGCAUCAGUCCGUCCGACCGUGACUUCAUGGAGACGCUGAACACGCUGAAGUACGCCAACCGAGCCCGCAACAUCAAGAACAAGGUGGUGGUGAACCAGGACAAGGCCAGCCAGCAGAUUAGCGCUCUAAGGACUGAGAUCGCAAGGUUGCAAAUAGAGCUGAUGGAGUACAAGACGGGUAAGCGUAUGGUGGGCGAGGAUGGCGUGGAGAGUUUUAGUGACAUGUUCCACGAGAACACGAUGCUGCAGACGGAGAACAGUAACCUGAGGGUGAGGGUCAAAGCCAUGCAGGAGACCAUGGACGCUCAGAGGGCCAGGCUCACCCAGCUGCUCAGCGACCAGGCCAAUCAGGCACUGGCCAAGGCCGGUGAAGGAGGUUCAGAGGAAAUCGGCAACAUGAUACAGAGUUACAUCAAGGAGAUCGAGGAUCUCAGAGCCAAACUCUUGGAAAGUGAAGCUGUGAAUGAAAACCUGAGGAAGAAUCUGUGUCGAGCCUCGAGCCGUCAGUCGUUUUACGGAGGUCCGGGUUCCUUCUCAUCCACGCUCCUGGUCCCUGAGAAGGAGACAUCUGACAUCAUCGAACUGGCCAAGAAAGACCUGGAGAAACUGAAGAAACGAGAGAAGAAGAAAAAGAAAAGACUCCAGCAGCUGUUGGAGGACAGAGACAGGGAGGAGGAGGUGGAGGAGGAGGUGGUGGAAGAGGUGGAGGAUGCCAGCGUCAACAAAGAUGAAGUUCCUGACAACGAGCAAGAAAAGUCACCUGAGAAGGAAAUGACGGAGCGAGUCAACGAAGACAGAGAAAUUGAGAUACAGGAAGGCAGUGACCAUGAGGAGGAAGAGGAGGAGGAGGACGAAGAGGAGAUGGACGUGGAGGAGAGCUCAGAUGACUCAGACUCUGAAUCAGAUGAAAAAGAGAACUACCAGGCUGAUCUGGCCAACAUCACCUGUGAAAUCGCCAUCAAGCAGAAGCUGAUCGACGAGCUGGAGAACAGCCAGCGGCGUCUGCACACGCUCAAACAGCAGUACGAACAGAAGCUGAUGAUGCUGCAGUGCAAGAUCCGGGACACGCAACUGGAGCGGGACCGUGUGCUCCAGAACAUGAACUCUGUGGAGAGUGGCUCCGAGGACAAGGCUCGUAAAAUCAAGGCUGAGUACGAGAAGAAGUUGAGCGUCAUGAACAAAGAGUUGCACAAGCUGCAGUCGGCUCAGAAGGAACACGCCCGCCUGCUGAAGAACCAAUCACAGUAUGAGAAGCAGCUGAAGAAGCUCCAGAUGGACGUGGCUGAAAUGAAGAAGACCAAGGUUCGUCUGAUGAAGCAGAUGAAGGAGCAACAGGAGAAGAACAGGAUGAACGAAUCUCGCAGAAACCGGGAGAUCGCAACAUUGAAGAAAGACCAGCGGAAGCAGGAGCACCAGCUGAAGCUCCUGGAGGCUCAGAAAAGGCAACAGGAGCUGAUUCUGAGGAGGAAAACCGAGGAGGUGACGGCUCUGAGGAGGCAGGUCAGACCUACAUCUGGUAAAGUCAUCAGGAAAGUACCCCUCCCUGAGCCGGCCCAGGACUCAUCUCACCGCCCCCCCUCCGGGAGAAUGUACUCCUCGGGGAACACCGUCCCUAAUGGCACCCGGUUGACGUACAGACGCACGGCAGGCAUUUACUCCACCAGAAUCGCCCGUGGUAAAUGGCAGUCUCUGGAGCGACGCAUCUCCGACGUCAUCAUGCAGAGGAUGACCAUCUCCAACAUGGAGGCCGACAUGAACCGGCUACUAAAGCAACGAGAGGAGCUGACAAAGCGUAAGGAGAAGGUGAUCAGGAAGAGGGACCGACUGGCCAAGGAGGAUCCGGACUCAGAAAAGGCGGUUCCCCCUCUGCAUGAGGAGGUGGACGCUCUGACGGCGAACAUCGACUACAUCAACGACAGCAUCGCCGACUGUCAGGCCAACAUCAUGCAGAUGGAGGAGACCAAGGAGGAAGGAGACACGGUGGACGUCUCUGCUGUGAUUGGGUCCUGUACGCUGGCAGAGGCUCGGUUCCUGCUCGACCACUUCAUGUCCAUGGCCAUCAACAAGGGUCUGCAGGCGGCUCAGAGGGAGUCUCAGGUGAAGGUCAUGGAGGGUCGUCUGAAGCAGACAGAGAUCACCAGCGCCACCCAGAACCAGCUGCUGUUCCACAUGCUGAAGGAGAAGGCGGAGUUUAACCCGGAGCUGGACGCAUUACUGGGAAAUGCUCUGCAAGAGUUAGGUAACCUCCCUCCUGAAAAUGGAGAUGACAGUAGCAGUGAUGAGUCUGCACAGAGUCCGUCAGCAGAAGGAAACACAUUGGCGUCAGAUCUUAUGAAACUCUGUGGAGAAACUAAAACCAGGAACAAGGCUCGUAGGAGGACGACUACUCAGAUGGAGCUACUAUAUGCUAACAGUGACUCCGCCCCUGACGCCGCCCCCUCAGACUUCAGCAGCCCCAUGCUCCCAUUGGCCGAAACCCCAGAUGGAGGCGGAGACCUGGACUCAGUCAGGGACUAUGCAGCUGUGUCCCCUGGCUUUACCUCUAAAAUGUCCAGCAUUAGCAGCUCCAGAAUCACGUCAGGGUCUGAAAAGCGAACACCGGAGCCUUCGCCGCUCACUCGCAGGAAGACAUAUGACAAGGCACAGGCGACAGCUGAGAGGUCAAAGGUCAAGGAGAUCAAACAGGGCGUCAUUAACCCGGUGCCGUCCACUAAAAGCAGCCGGUCGUCCACGCUGCAGUGUGUCCACGUGGCUGAAGGUCACAGUAAAGCCGUUCUCUGUGUCGACUGCACCGACGAUUUGCUCUUCACUGGGUCCAAAGACCGGACCUGUAAAGUGUGGAACCUGGUAACAGGUCAGGAGAUCAUGUCGCUGUCUGGUCAUCCCAACAAUGUGGUGUCGGUCCGUUAUAGCUCCAGUUUGGUCUUCACCGUCUCCACCUCGUACAUCAAAGUGUGGGACAUCCGCGACUCGGCCAAGUGCAUCCGAACGUUAACGUCAUCUGGUCAGGUGACUGUUGGAGACGCCUGCGCUUCCAACACCAGUCGGACCGUCACCAUCCCGGCCGGAGAGAACCAGAUCAAUCAGAUCGCCCUGAACCCCAACGGGACGGUCCUGUACGCCGCCGCCGGAACCUCAGUCCGAGUCUGGGAUCUGAGGAGAUUUGCCUCAACAGGGAAACUGACGGGUCACCUGGGUCCAGUCAUGUGUCUGACCGUGGACCGGUCCGGAACCAACCAGGACCUGGUCAUCACUGGGUCCAAAGACCAUUACGUCAAGCUCUUCGAUGUGACUGAAGCAUCUCUGGGAACCAUCAGUCCUUCACAUAACUUCGAACCUCCUCACUACGACGGCAUCGAGUCCCUGGUCAUCCACGGAGACAUUUUCUUCAGUGGCUCCAGAGACAACGGCAUCAAGAAGUGGGACCUGGACCGCAAAGACCUGCUGCAGCAAGUCCCCAACGCCCACCGUGAUUGGGUGUGUGCACUGGGCGUUGUCCCUGGGUCGCCGGCGCUGCUGAGCGGCUGCAGAGGAGGGGUUCUCAAACUGUGGCACACAGACACACUGGGGACACUGGGGGAACUGAAGGGACACGAGAGUCCAAUCAACAGUAUCUCAACAAACAGCAGCCAUUUGUUCACAGCAUCAGAUGACCGGACGGUGAAGAUCUGGCGAGCUCGCGGUGGACUCGAAGGCACCUUAGAAGCGGUUGACAAUGCAGACGAGGUGGCCAGUAACUGAGCACAGCGCCUCCUGCUGGUCAGACUGGACGGACACUGACGGACGCUCCUCUGCACUUUGACCCUUAAUGUGUCCAACUGGACGCUGACCCUCAAAUCCAUCCCAUGUAACGGUUACGUCUGAAUCACAUGUAUGUAACGACUGCUGCAGGAGAGACAGUGAACGCCUCAUUUACUCUAAAAACCUUUGAUUUCAUUGCAGAACUUCACAGGUGAAGCAUCUGUUAGGGUUAGGAAAGGGUUAGGGUUAGUGGUAGGGGGUUAGGUUAGGGUUAUGAGGUUAGGUUAGGGG